AUGUCGUUCAACCACGCCGCCGCCGCUGCCCUCGUCUUUGGCGCCCUCUACCUCGCCCUGUGGUGCUACAUGGCCUACAUGUACAGCACAAGGCAGUACAAGUGGGCUUCACGAACCACGGUACUCUUUGUGCACACGUCACUUCGUGUCGCGAGCCAGGCCUGUGGUGUGGCCUUUGGCGUUCUCGCUUGGGACUCGCCCGUCGUGUUUGUCGUCUAUCUACUCCUCGGGGCGGAAGGCUACAUCACACUGACCAUCGCUGCCUUCUAUUUCCUCCACCACUAUCUCUUGGCACACUUUGGCGCGUUACGCCUGCUCCGGCCCGACAUCAACAGCUUGACGAAGAAUCAAGAGGGGCUCUGCCUCGUCGAGAUGAUUCUAGGUAUUCCCUUGUACUUGCCCUGGCGAUACUGGCCCGACGACCGCAUUGCCAUUGUCGACGCAUGGCUCAUACCAGGAAACGCUCUCAUCGUCGGUGGGGGCGUCAUGAUGGCGGCAAAGAUGGACGUCAAGAGUCCGGAGCAUGCGGGUCUUACCGUCGAUGAGGUUUUGAAGCGCAACGCACGGCAUCUGGCCACUGCCAAAGUCCUUCGCACAGCAGGGUACGGUGUGUUUCUCGUUCUCAUCGUCGUGUAUUGCGGCUUUAUCGUCAAGACUUGGACGAGGCCCGGCCGCUCCAACUCCACACUGGUCAUCGUCACCAUUGUCGCGAUGUUGCUCUUCAUUCGCGGCGUGUUCGGUGUCCUGCAGUCUAGCAUGAACAAUCUAUCGUACUAUAACCCGAGCAGCUACCGUGCCGACGGCAUGGCACCACGGUUUACCGCCAUGGAGUACUGUCUAGCUGUGGUGCCCGAGUUUGCUUGUCUGACCCCAGCGCGUCUUUAUUGA